UAGGGACACCUUGAAGAAGGGCGUAUCAGCGUCGGUGCGGCUGCCUAUACUGCGAAGAGGAAUGCACUGCAAGGACCUCGUUCGGACAAUCACGGCAAAACUCACGACGAAACGAAUUCCUCCCGGGCGGCGCCGGACGACAUUCGUGAUUCGAUUGGGCAAAGUGUUAUGGGUGGACACCUUGCGGAUUCUUCUGGUCACAGGUGGAUACUACGGCUGCAUAUAUGCUAGGAUACCGGCGCUGGAGCUGCUGAUAGAAAGCCGUGAUCAGGUCGGUAUGACGGCGGCGGUGUUGCUCUUCGCCGCUGCAACCACCUUUGAGCUCCUAAUAUCCUGCUACCAAAUGGACAUCCUGAACACGUACGCCAUCAGGAUUCGUUCCAUGGUGCAAGGACUUAUUUUCAAGAAGGUGACCAACAUGUCAGCUGGCACAAAGGCCAGCUACCCGACGGGCCACAUCGGCUCGCUCUUGAGUGUCGAUUGCGCCGUGCUCGCCAGUUGCGCCUUUUCCAUACCCGUGCCCCUGUUCGGAGUGCUGCUCUACCCAUUCCUCUUCUGGAUGCUUGGCUCACGAGCCGGCCUCUGGCCUUCACUGUGUUCUGCUGCCUGGGCCGUGCUAGUGCUGGGCAUGCCCUUUUUCGGCUCGUUUCUGCAGAAGAAGUUCUGGAAAAAAGUAAUCCAAGCUCGCGACGAGCGACUCAAGGCAACCACCGACCUGCUGUCCACCAUCCGCGUGGUGAAGAUGUAUGCCUGGGAAGACGCCCUGAGGGAGAACGUGCAACGAACCAGGGAUGUCGAGCUCAAGUGGCUACUCAGGGUCAACAUGCUAGACGCCAUCUUCGACUGCAUCUACAAUUCCACAAGUUCAGUGCUCAUGAUCAUUCUCUUCUCGACGCUCUACUUGCUGGAACCCAACCUCGUGCUGACCCCAGCGUUGUCGUUCUCCUGCGUCUCACUGCUCUACAUGACCGAUCUCAGCAUGAACGGCUGCGGACAGGCGCUGAGGAAUUUUAGCCAGGGCACGUUAUCUCUCAAGAGAAUUGCUGAUUUUUGCACGGCAGAAGAGCAAGAGUCGAACGUAGUUGACUCCCGAAGCCAAUUGCCGACGAGGAAAGGUUCCGUGACUAUUCAGAAAUGCUCCUUCUCGUGGGGCAAGCCUGAGGAUGAUGAAACUGAAGCUCAUCUGAGUGACGUCAACCUAAAUGUCGAACCCGGAUCUCUCAUAGGCAUCGUUGGUUUUGUCGGCAGCGGCAAGUCAUCGCUCUUAGCCGCCAUACUGGGGGACAUGCACCGCAUCAAAGGCAAAGUCACGUGCACGGGACGUGUUGCUUUUGCGCCGCAGUUGCCAAACGUGCACAACAUGACAAUUAGAGACAAUAUUCUCUACGGAAAGCCUUUGGAUCCCGGUUUCUACGAGCAAGUGGUCAGGAGCUGUCAAUUACUGAAUGACUUCAACAAGCUUCAAGCCGGUGACAUGACCGAGGUCGGCGAGAAGGGAACGAACCUGAGUGGCGGACAGAAGCAGCGCAUUUCUUUGGCCCGCGCUGUUUACAGCCAGAGUGACAUCUACCUGCUGGACGACCCUCUCAGCGCCCUGGAUCCCGUUGUCGGCAGCCGAGUGUUCAGGGAUGUCAUCGGAAAUCGUGGCAUGCUCAGCAACAAGACGCGAAUUAUGGUUUGCAACCAAGGGCACUACUUGCACAACAUGGACAAGCUGGUCUUGGUUGACGGAGGGCGUAUCAAGGUAUACGACAAACUCGAAGAUCUCAUCAUGGACCCGGACUCGCCGAGAAACUUCCGAGAAGCUCUCGAACGACGUGGAUCCCGAGAUCAGAGCAAAGCAGGCACUUCCAACGAGGAAAUGGCAGAAAACGACACGGUUGGACGAAUCACUCAGGAAGAACUUGGGCGAUCCACAAAAACAGGUUGGCAGCUUCUUCGCGACCUCCUGCGCCUGGCUCAGUGGCCCGCGCUCACCGGUCUACUCGUGUUCGUGGCAGCGGCGUGUGCCUUCGCGUUCGAGCAGAUCUGGAUCAAGGAGUGGACGGACUCGUCCAGCCGCGCAGCCGCGAGCUCGACGGUCGAUCAACUGCCAUGGGUUCAAGUGCUGGUAUCACUGUGCAUCAUAGAUGUUGCCCUCCGCAUCGUGGGGAGCGUUCUGCUGAGCCUUUCGGCAAAACGACUGUCCAGCUCCAUACACAACGAAAUGCUGGAACACGUGCUGCGAAGUCCGGUGUCCUUCUUCGACGCUUCUCCACGCGGGAGGAUAUUGAACCGCUUCUCGGCCGACAUGGAUUUUGUGGACUCGCGAUCUUUCCUAAGCGCCAAGCAAGCUGUUCAGAACACGCUCAUCACACUCGCCAAGGUAGCGGUCAUCGGAACCCAGUCGCCCGUGGUUUUGGGCGUCACAGCCGUCGUCAUCGUGUUGGCUGGAUUCGGAAUGAACCUGGCCGUGAAGGCUUCUCACUGUGCCCGUUUCUACGAGAGCGUGGCGACGUCGCGACUGCUGCAACACGUCACCGAGACCGUGGACGCGCUGAGCAGCGUACGAACGUACGGAGUGGCCGAUCGGUUCCGGAGUCACUUCUGCCGCCUCACGGACGAGUCGAUGCGCGGUUUCUCGGGCUUCGGCGCAGCCUACCGUUUCACGCGCACGGUCACGUCAACGGCGGGUUUCCUGGUCGUCGUGUGCACACUCCUGGCCAACACCGUGUUCACCGGACCCGACGGACCAGACCCCAGCAGCGUCGGCCUGGCGCUCAGCUCUGCUACCUCGGUUCCUCUGGCGCUGAUGACACUGUGCGUGAUGCUGUUCAACGUGCUGCAGAUGAUCGUAUCUUUCGAACGCUGCGUCGAGUACACCGAGCUUCCACCAGAGAAUGAUCUGCCACCUACGUGGAACGAAGAUCAGCGAGCCGCAGUUGACAAGAUCCUGUUCAGCUGGCCGAGCGAAGGCAAAGUCGAGUUCCAGGGUUACUCGGCUUCUUACCGGCCUGGCGUCCUGCCGAAUGUUCUCACUGGUCUCACGUUCGUUGUGAAUCCGAAGGAGAAGAUCGGAGUUGUAGGACGCACCGGGGCUGGCAAGUCCUCGCUAGUGCUCGCACUACUGCGCAUGCUCAGAGCUUCAGAGGGCCGCAUCCUCAUCGACAGCGUGGACAUAGCGGGAGUACCACUCCGGAAACUGCGUCGCAGCAUCACGGUCAUACCUCAGGAUCCCAGCUUGGUGAGGGGAACGCUGCGGAUGAACCUGGAUCCCACAAACUCGCACUCCGAUCGGGAGAUAUGGCAGUGCUUGGAGAAGGCCCACUUGGCGAAGGUUGUCUCCAGCGAUCCCAGAGGACUGAUGAUGGAGACAGCCGACGGUGGGAGCAACUUGAGCGUGGGCCAGCGGCAGCUGGUGUGCUUGGCGCGGGCAUUGCUUCGUGGAACGAAGGUCCUCCUCCUGGACGAGGCCACGUCACAGAUGGACGGUGACACCGACCAGCUCAUCCAGGUGGCGCUGAGGGACGCCUUUGCGCAAUGCACGCUCUUCACAAUCGCGCAUCGCAUACACACUGUCCUCGACUACGACAGAAUACUCGUCCUGGAGGAUGGCAAGGUUAAGGAGUUCGACUCCGUGUCACAUCUGCUCUCCGACAAGUCAUCGAUGUUCUACAACAUGGCCAUCGAAGCUGGCAUCAAUAGCGCACGAAGAAAACCCGAACUUAUCAGCACCACUUUGUGAUUGGUGCUUUUCGUUGUACUAUACGUAAGGCGCGCACAAGGACAAGACAUUACUGUAUGCGGGUGCCCCCAAGGACAAAACACGAACGUCUUGUCCUUGUAUGCACCGUACGUAAGCACCAUGCAUCACUGACUUACUCAUAACGUCGUCUCAGUGAUCUUUUACCUGUUUUAUCAUUGUACAAACACUGCAUCGUGAAGUGGGGAGCCCACAAUGUCAUAAUGGGUUACACUUGAAGUCCAAUUAUAUAUACUGCCUAUUAAAUAGUUAUU